AUGGCUGGCAUACCGUUGAUGUAUGCUCAAGAAGAUUGUGAGCUAGGAGGAAAGGACAAUAUUGAGGAUGACUUUGCUUACCGCAACAAUGUUUUAAAUGCGGACAAGGAAAUCAGGCUCGGCUUUAUUCGUAAGGUGUAUGGAUUGCUGACUGUACAACUAUUAGCAACAGUUGCCAUAGCAGGAGUGUUCCUUCUUGUAAAACCUGUGCAGUUGUUUAUUCAUCAAAAUGACUGGAUGGUACUUCUUUCCUUUAUCAUGAGCAUGGGGAUUUUGUUAGCCCUCAUAGUCAAGAGGAGAGAUUAUCCCACAAAUUUGUAUUUACUCGCUGCAUUUACUGUCGUACAAGCAUAUACUAUUGGUGUAGUAGUUUCCUACUGCGACACUCUAGUGGUGCUCCAGGCCCUGGCUAUAACAUUUACUGUUGUAUUUUCUUUGACCCUCUUCACACUGAACACCAAACGUGAUUUCUCGUUCGUUGGCUAUGGCCUUGUUGCUGCAUUAUGUGUGCUCAUUAUUGGAGGUAUCAUCCAAAUCUUCCUGCAAAGCUCCUUGUUCGAGAUUGCUUUGUCAUCUGUGGGUGCAAUCUGCUUCAGCCUGUUUCUGAUCUUCGACACACAACAGAUGAUGACCGUACUUUCCCCCGAAGAAUACAUCCUCGCCACCAUAAAUCUUUACAUGGACAUCUUGAACCUGUUCCUAUACAUCUUGAGAAUCCUGUCAGAAUUGAACAGGAAUUAA